AGAAGCUUUCUGUCGUCAUGCGCAGACUCCAGUGUUUGCGGCAGUGGGAGCAAGAUGGGAUGGCUGGGGCUGCCGCUCGGGUACCUGCUGCUGGGAGGACAAGGGCUUCUUCUUAUGUUUUCCCUUAUAGCCUCGCAAAACCAAACCAGCCCUGUCACUGUCCCUGAGCCCAACACCAGCACCACCUCUGCACCCAGAGAUCCCCGGGGACCCUUGGUAUUGUGCAAGUUCCUGCCUGAAGAGUUUAUAGAAUGUGAUGAUCCAGUGGACCAUUCUGGGAAUUUAACCGCAAAACAAGAUCUGACUUAUGGCUGCUCAAAGAUUGGAGGGCAGGCAUAUGAUGACGUAGAGCGCACUGAGGUUGUGUGUCGAGCACUUGAAGGCAUAGAAUGUGCUGAGGAACGAAUCUUUCGUCGUGGUGGUGUACCAUGCAUCAAAUUCACCGGUCACUAUUUCAUUACCACCUUGCUCUACUCCUUCUUUUUGGGCUGCUUUGGUGUGGAUCGAUUCUGCUUGGGGCACACAGGGACUGCUGUGGGCAAGCUCCUCACUCUGGGUGGUCUGGGUAUUUGGUGGUUUGUGGACCUCAUCUUGUUAAUCACUGGUGGUCUCAUGCCAAGUGACAACAGCAACUGGUGCACAAUUUACUGAUUUAUGCAGUAAGGGCAUGUCAUUGGAUGCUAGUGGGUUUACUCGUCACGAUUAUUGGACUGAAGCACUGAGAAUCUAGCCAAAGAUGCACUUUUUGUUUUUUUCCAAAACUUAUUUAAAGCAAGUACAUUCAAGAUUGUCAACCCAGAAAUGUAUUGGCUUUUCAGCUGCCUGUGAAAGUACACUAAGGAAGCGAUAAUGACCUUGCAAGAUGGUCAGCCAUUUGUAAUAUAAUAUGUAUAAAUGUGGAUAGUGUUCAUGCUGUGUAUUGGGGGGGGGGGAGAAUAAUUAAAAAGA